CUUUACAAUUCUAUCUCAACGUCACGCCAGAGCUGCCUUCAACCCAGGAAAUUAUAUCCUAAAAGAACAACAUUGAAGUGAGGCACUGCUCGUCGAUUUGACCCUGAAAACUGUCACUUGUCCUGAAUGACAGAGAGCGAGGAGAGAGACGCAAGGGGGUUGUACUUCCUAUUUGGCCAGCCAUAUAUAUAUAUAUAUAUAAACAUUUCACGAUGUCAUGCUGGGGAGUGUUUAUGCGCAGACAUUAUCAGUUCUCCACCCUAUUAAAACUACAUCAUCUCAACGCGCCAGUGUGUCAACAGAGAGGGUUCCAUCCAACUACUGCUUACAAGACAUACGAUGUGAGAAAAGUGGAGUUAAUGCCAUUAGAGCAGAGGAAACUGACGUUUGACUCCCAUGCGCUUGUUAAAGAGCUGGAAUCCAGUGGCUUUGAGAAAAGGCAGGCUGAAGUGAUCGUAACAGCACUGGUGACACUUACUUCAGCCAAUAUGGACAUUGUGUACAGAGAUAUGGUCACAGGAAACCAUCAGGAAAUAGCUCUUCAACAAAUUAUGGCUCAUCUGGACUCUAUCAGAAAGGAUAUGGUUAUCCUGGAGAAGAGUGAAUUUGCCAACUUGCGUUCAGAAAAUGUUAAAAUGAAAACAGAGCUGGAACAAAUAAGGAACAGAUUACUGGAAGAGAGUCAAAGAAUCAGAGCCGAUGCAAAGUUAGACAUUAAUCUGGAGCGGAGUCGAGUCACUGACAUGUUUACAGAUCAAGAGAAGAACUUAAUGGAGGUUAGAACAGAGUUUCAAAAACAGAAUGCAGAAAUAGAAAAUGAAGCUGGGGAAACUUCAAGGAAAAUAGACAUACAAGUAGCCUCUUUGAAGACACUCUUGGAAUCACUAAAACUACAGACGAUUCAAUAUCUUGCAGCAUGCAUCUUCACCUGCUUGGCAAUUGCAUUAGGUUUCUAUCGCCUGUGGAUAUAAAUCUCGCACUGGAAAAGACCUUUAGAGGAUUUAUCUAAAAUGUUUAUAGAACUCUUGUUUUAAUCUAAUGCAUUUUAUUUUAUAUUUCAUUUGUUACAUAAAUUGAUUGGUUAGUUGUUAGUUGGUUGUCCGAGGGGUUGGCUUUUUCUGAAAAUAAAAUCCAUUUAAAUGUCAA